AUGGAUGAGGUAUGCUAUGGAGGAGGUAUGCUAUGCAGGAGGUAUGCUAUGGAGGAGGUAUGCUAUGCAGGAGGUAUGCUAUGGAAGAGGUAUGCUAUGGAGGAGGUAUGCUAUGGAGGGGGUAUGCUAUGGAGGAGGUAUGCUAUGGAGGAGGUAUGCUAUAAAAGAGAUAUGCUAUGGAGGAGGUAUGCUAUGGAGGAGGUAUGCUAUGGAGGAGGUAUGAUAUGGAGGAGGUAUGCUAUGGAGGGGGUAUGCUAUGGAGGAGGUAUGCUAUGGAGGAGGUAUGCUAUAAAAGAGAUAUGCUAUGGAGGAGGUAUGCUAUGGAGGAGGUAUGCUAUGGAGGAAGUAUGCUAUGGAGGGGGUAUGCUAUGGAGGAAGUAUGCUAUGGAAGAGGUAUGCUAUGGAGGAGGUAUGCUAUGGAGGAGGUAUGCUAUGGAGGAAGUAUGCUAUAAAAGAGAUAUGCUAUGGAGGAGGUAUGCUAUGCAGGAGGUAUGCUAUGGAGGAGGUAUGCUAUGCAGGAGGUAUGCUAUGGAAGAGGUAUGCUAUGGAAGAGGUAUGCUAUGGAGGGGGUAUGCUAUAAAAGAGGUAUGCUAUGGAGGAGGUAUGCUAUGGAGGGGGUAUGCUAUGGAGGAAGUAUGCUAUGGAAGAGGUAUGCUAUGGAGGAGGUAUGCUAUGGAGGAGGUACGCUAUGGGGGAGGUAUGCUAUGGAGGAGGUACGCUAUGGAGGAGGUAUGCUAUGGAAGAGGUAUGCUAUGGAGGAGGUAUGCUAUGGAGGAGGUACGCUAUGGAUGA